GGAAAUAGCACGGUGUGUUGUUUUAAACUCAUUUGUUUUGAGAGUGUAUGAACGCACUUCUUUCCACCGUUACAUUUGUGAAUCAGUUUCCUACCAAAGGAGCCGACUCAAAGAGUCGACUCAGUCCGGAACGACACAUCCCUCAUAAUGAAUCCUUCCAAAGUGAAAGUGAUUCUCUCUCCGCCUCGACUCCAUUUUGCAAAAGUUACAAAUCUCCAGGCAGAAUCGGGGAUAUUAAUGUCACAGAACAAGGACUGUUGACUAAAGGAGUGUGAUCCAUUCCAGCAGAAGAGAUCAGACUCUUCAGGACUCAGCUGUGUGUUUGUGCAAACUUUACUAAUAUUCAGAGAUGGAGACUCCUGAUCUAGACACAGAUAAUGUUUCCCCACCAUCAAACAACUGUAAACUCCAGGGAAAGAGAUCAGAAUCAUCAGCACCCAGCUGUAUCUCCAUGAAGAGUGAUGAGUCUAUGGAACAUCCUCUGCAUUUUAAAGAUGGAGACUCCUCACUUCUACACAGGUUUCCUUCAGGUUCUCCGGUUUCCUCCCACCUCCCAAACACAUGCCAUGUUCUACAGAAGGCAGGAGACAGAACAGAAAUGAUCACCACAGAUACAGGGCAUGACCCAGAAUCUGUGGCUGUAAAUGAAUUCCAGAAAAAGUUCAAAUUAAAUCUGAUGGAGAAGUUUCAGUGUUUGAAUGGAGUGAUAAUAAACCUGGGAACCCAAACCCUCCUGAGUGAGAUCUACACAGAGCUCUACAUCACAGAGGGAGACAGUGGAGAAGUCAAUAAUGAACAUGAGGUGAGACAGAUCGAGGCAGCAUCCAGGAGAACAACAACAGAGGAAACACCAAUCAAAUGCAACGACAUCUUUAAGCCUUUAUCUGAACAAGAUGAACCCAUCAGAACUGUUCUGACAAAGGGAGUCGCUGGCAUUGGAAAAACAGUCUCUGUGCAGAAGUUCAUUCUGGACUGGGCUGAAGGGAAAGAAAAUCAGGACAUCUACCUCAUAUUUCCACUUCCUUUCAGAGAGCUGAAUUUAAUGAAGGACCAGAAACUGAGUCUGAUGGAGCUUCUUCAUGUCUGUUUUAAGGAAACUAAAGAAACAGAAAUGUCCAGUUUGGAAAAGGUUCUGUUCAUUUUUGACGGAUUGGACGAGUGUCGUUUUCCUCUAGAUUUCCAGAACACAGUGAGAGUGUGUGAUGUAACUGAAUCAGCAUCAGUGCCGGUGCUGCUGAUAAACCUGAUUAAAGGGAAUCUGCUUCCCUCUGCUCUCAUCUGGAUCACCUCCCGACCAGCAACAGCUGAUCAAAUCCCCUCUGAGUGUGUGCAUCGAGUCACAGAGGUACAAGGGUUCAAUGACCCACAGAAGGAGGAGUUCUUCAGGAAGAGGAUCAGUGAUCAGAGCCUGGCUAAUAACAUCAUCACACACCUGAAGUCAUUAAGAAGCCUCUACAUCAUGUGCCACAUCCCAGUCUUCUGCUGGAUUUCAGCCACUGUUCUAGAGAGAAUGUUGGGUGAAGCAGAGAGUGGAGAGAUCCCCAAGACUCUGACUGAAAUGUACACACACUUCCUCAUCAUUCAGACAAACACCAUAAGAGAAAAAUACACAAAGAAGCAGGAGAGUGAUGAAGAAAUGCUUCUUAAACUGGGACAACUGGCUUUUCAGCAGCUGAAGAAAGGGAACCUGAUCUUCUAUGAGGAAGACCUGAGAGAGUGUGGCAUUGAUGUGAGAGAAGCAGCAGUGUACUCAGGUGUGUGUACACAGAUCUUCAGAGAGGAGUUUGGACUUCACCAGAGUAAAGUGUACUGCUUUGUUCAUCUGAGUAUUCAGGAACAUCUUGCAGCUCUGUAUGUGCACCUGAAAUUCAUGAAGAAAAAUGUAAAUGUUAUUAUGCAGAAUCAGGUCUCUGAAGUAGAAGUAGAAGAAAUUACAAUCUCAGAUGUACACAAGAGUGCUAUAGAUCAGGCUUUAGAAACUCAGACUGGACAUCUGGAUCUUUUUCUUCGCUUUCUUCUGGGUCUCUCACUGGAGUCCAAUCAGAAACUCCUACAUGCUUUAGUAACACAGACAGGAAGUAGCUCCCAGAGCAUAGAGGAAACAGUUCAGUACAUUAAGAAGAAAAUCAAUGAAGAUCUUCCUACAGAGAAAUCCAUCAAUCUGUUCUACUGUCUGAAUGAACUGGGUGAUAAUUCUCUAGUGGAGGAAAUCCAGCACUACCUGAAAUCUGGAAAACAAAGUGAACUCUCUUCUUCACAGUGGUCUGCUCUGGUGUUUGUGUUACUGACCUCAGCACAGGAGCUGGAAGAGUUUGACCUGAGUAAAUAUUUCAGUACAGAUAAGAUAACAGAAACUGUUGUUGUGAAGAUGAUGCCUGUGAUCACAGCCUCCAGAAAAGCAAUUAUCAGGUGUGAUUCACUUGGAGAGAAAAGUUGGUCAGCUCUGGACUCAGCGCUCAGAUCAGAAACCUCCAAUCUGAGAGAACUGCAUCUGACUGUAAAUACACUCGAUCUGACCUGGAAUUAUCUAGGAGACUCAGGAGUAAAGAGUCUCUCUGCUGUACUGGAUAAUCCUCACUGUAAAGUGGAGACACUGAGGUUGUGUGAGUGUGGUAUCUCAGAUGAAGGCUGUGCUGCUCUGACUUCAGCUCUGAGAUCAAACCCCUCACACCUGAGAUACCUGAAUCUGUCCUGUAAUAUUCUAGGAGACUCAGGAGUGAAGAGUCUCUCUGCUGUACUGGAGAAUCCUCACUGUAAACUGGGGAAACUGAGGUUGUGUAAGUGUGGUAUCUCAGAUGAAGGCUGUGCUGCUCUGACUUCAGCUCUGAGAUCAAACCCCUCACACCUGAGAGAAUUAGAUCUAUCUGAGAAUGAACUAGGAGACUCAGGAGUGAAGAGUCUCUCUGCUGUACUGGAGAAUCCUCACUGUAAACUGGAGAUACUGGGGUUGUAUAAGUGUGGUAUCUCAGAUGAAGGCUGUGCUGCUCUGACUUCAGCUCUGAGAUCAAACCCCUCACACCUGAGAGACCUGGAUCUGUCCUGUAAUAAUCUAGGAGACUCAGGAGUGAAGAGUCUCUCUGCUGUACUGGAGAAUCCUCACUGUAAACUGGAGAUACUGGGGUUGAGUGAGUGUGGUAUCUCAGAUGAAGGCUGUGCUGCUCUGACUUCAGAUCUGAGAUCAAAUCCCUCGCACCUGAAAGAACUGGAUCUGUCCUGUAAUAAUCUAGGAGACUCAGGUGUGAAGAGUCUCUCUGCUGUACUGGAAAAUCCUCACUGUAAACUGGAGAAACUAGAGUUGUAUAAUUGUGGUGUCUCAGAUGAAGGCUGUGCUGCUCUGACUUCAGCUCUGAGAUCAAACCCCUCACACCUGAGAGAACUGAAUCUGUCCUAUAAUAAUCUAGAAGACUCAGAAAAGAAGCUGCUGUCUGAUCUUAAGGAUGAUGAACAUUACAAACUACAGACACUGGAGAUGUAAUGAAUAUCUGUGUGUGAUGAAGACUUCAGUGUUCCUGCAUUUCCAUUUUGGGGAAUAGAGAAGAUGUUUAGAAGCACAUCACUCAUUUAGUUAUAACACAUUAAACAGACUCAGAGAAGUGAGAAGUGUGUGUUCAUCGUGCACAGUGAAUCAGACUCUACACAAUUCUACACUGAGUGUAUAACGACCUCUGAUCCCUGGAUAAAAUUCCCUGGAGCUCAGUCCCAUGAAAACCUGAAGGAUUAUUUGGAACAGGUGGUGAAAAACCACAUGAAUUCAAACUGAACCCAGCCAGUGGAAGAGAGAAAUAAAAUGAACAGGACCAGUUUCAGGGCACUGGUGGAAUUCUCAUUCUGAUAUGAUUGGAGAUUAUCUGAGGAGUUUAUCUGUGAAGUUUAUCUGAGGAGUUCAUCUGAUGAUGACAGGAGUCACAUUUAUCACUUUGUCCUUUGAGUAAUUAAUGUCCCAGGACUGUUAUAUUAAAUAUCAUCACUCUUUGAUAAAUUGAUAAUCUAAUCAAAUUAAUAGAGCAGAACCAUAACUGUAGUAUAUUGUAGUUUCAGUGGCUUGUGAUUUUACUGUGUUUUUGUAAUAUAUUUUUUGUUUAUUGUUUAUAAUAUUAUUUAUACUUUUUACAUGCAUAGGUACAGCUAUUUUGCUGGAUACAUAACUAAAAUUUUUUAU